AUGGAUUCUCCAACGCGUCCCAUCCUCAGUCCCACAAAGAUCCUCCACCCGGUUUCGCCGGAACGCAUGAAUCAACAAACAAUCCCCGGCUCGCCAUCGCUGCCUACAGACCUGUUGUCGCUUCAUCACAAAAACACCAAGGGUGUAUCCGAAGUCCAGGCCAAGGUUGCGUUCCUCAAUAGCCUCUCACGAGGAGGCAGUCCCGUCACACACACCCAGUCCGCUGCACACAAUGCCGCCCUCCAGCGAGCAAUUCUCGGUCGCGAAGAAGCCGAGUCUACCCUAGUUUCCGUACAAGAAGAACUUUCCGAAGCGCAAUCACGGGAACGUCGGAUCAGCGAGCGGCUCGAAUCUCUUUUAGAAGAACUACAUUCUGCUAAAGAGCGCCAAGCCCACGAACGAUCAAUUUUCGAGAAGGAGAUAAGGAAAGCACGCAAAGAAGCCUUCCGAGCGGGCUCGACCCUCGUCAAACUGCAGGAAGAACUGAAACAUUCCAAGUCCGAGUCCAAGGCCCUGAAAGAUGAAGUCGCUGCCGAACGCGAGUCCAAGGACAAGGCGAGGCAAGAAGCAUUCGAACGUGCGUACGCUCUUGCUGGCCUAACCGAAGAGCUGGAAAUGCUCAAGGGCAAGCUGCGAUCGAUGGAAGCCGCCAAUCAAUCCAGCACCCUGGAAGUCCGAGCUCAUGAGAUUCGCAGAGAAGAAUUCGGGCGAAUCUCUCUAGUAGAGGGUGAUCUCGCUUUCUUGACGACUCCGCGUCGACCCAAGCGCGGCGCUGUGGGAUCAGUCAAAUCGACUGCAUCGGAAAUUGAAGCCGAUGAAGUUGCCGAAGCCACUCCACCUAAGCGUCAGCGCCUCUCUGAAUGCACAACAACUGCUGGUCCCGAGGAAACCACAUCUGAGAUCUCGGCGUCCGACGCCAACGUUGAGGCUUUGGAAGAGUUGAGAGAUGAACUUGACCUCGAACGCCGCCGUCGCAACGAGGCCGAACAGAUGAUUCACUUCUUGAAUAUCGAGUGCCAGUUCCAGCGCUGCUCGUGCCGAAUCGCCGAGAGCGAGGGUCGUCACUAUAUCUAUGAUGCCGAAUACUUUGAAAAGUUCCAACGGCCUCAAAUUGAGGCUGAAGCUGAGGCGAAGGCCAAAGCUGCUCGACAAGCCGAGAUUCAGGCUAGAGCAGUCCAACAGACACAACCUAAGCAGAUGACCCCCCAACCUCAAUCGAGUCACACCCCGAGCGUCGAGCCCCCUACCCCUGUCCACUAUCGGCCAGAGCAGGUAUCCAAUCCAAAGCCCGGACCCGAGCCUACUGUGAAACCCGAGCCAGUGGAACCGCCCGAGAAGAUGCAGAUGCCUGAAGAGCCAUUGGUGACUUUCUCUCCGGAGACCGGAACUUUCAAGACAUUCCCGUCGCCUCUCCGUGACAAUGUCCUGCCUCGGAGAACGGAUUCAUUCCCUAUCCCCGAAAUGCCCAUUCUAAAGCCCCCUAUGAAAAACUGGAGAGAUUCGGCUGCAUCUUCGAACUACGCCCCCGAUACUUUCUCCCCCUCGGAGGACCCGAGGGAUGCCCGAGAACUCUAUGUCCCAACAGAGACGGUUCACAGUGAAGGCGCGAAUUCCCGUCUUUCUGUAGAGUCUCGACCCUCCAGACGUGUCGAGAGAGAUACGAUCUCUACUACGAAACGAGUUCCUCUCCGUGAAGCAUCUGACGCACGGACUUCCGGUUCUUCUGGCCUUAUUCCAGACACCCCCAUCAAUCGGGAAGAUGCCCUCGCCCAGAUCGCGGCCCGUCGCGACCGUGCCCGAAGCAAGCAACGCUCUGUGAGUGCAAAUGAAGCAACUGGCCGUUCAGCUGGUUCCACAGCCACGACCUCGGGUCGCGGGCCAAGACGUAUGCCCAACCUACGGGCAGACGGCAAAACUGAAAAUGAUCUCGCAGAGCGCCGAGACUUGAGCGCUCCUGUCCGGAUGUACCGCCGCUAG